AUGCUCCGCCGCUUUGCACGUGCUCUUCAAGUACCACCUUCCCAUUUCAGCAACCCUUCGUCUUUUCCACCGCCAUACGGACAGAAGAAACCAUCUGAGACACAAGAUGUCCCAUUAGAACCAUCCGACUCAGAGUACAGCCAGGAACACCAACCGCUGACUCGCUCGUUGCGAGACCUUUCGUCUGUGAUUGCAAUGUUCACGUUGGCAUACCUUGCUGUCGACAACUACUCGAACCGAGUCAAGCUAGAGAAGCUAAACGCGGAAACCACAGCAAUCAACUUGAAGACGAUCCAGCUCCAGCAGCAGAACUUUCUCAAUGCCAGAAAGCAGCAGGACCUCCAGAUGUUGAAUGAGCGGCUAGAAAUAUCAAAACGUUGCUUCAAGAUGGCGCUCCACAUUGCGCUUUUACGCAAGCAACUAGCAGACAUGGGCGUGGAGCCAGCAGAAAUCAGCCAGGUGAUUCUGGAGUUUGAAAAACACGUGAAAAUCAACAACUCCGUCCAGAACUUGACCGGUCUGGCCAUGUGGCUAGAAGAUUCUUCGCCAUUGAACAAGUACUUGCCCAACUAUAGGGAAUACGACAAGAACCCAUAG